AUGUCACUUGAGGAAAUUCCACCAGAGCUAAGUGAUUUGAAUUCCUUAGAACAACACCUCAUUGCUCUACACAUUCCUUUUAUGAAAGUCAUGGCUCUUCCACAAGGUGGACAAAGAAAUGUACACGGACCUGUAGUGUGCGUGCCGUCAAACUUAAAGAAAACAACCAGUUUACCACUGAACGUUGAUGACAAUCUUUUACUGAGGGUGAAACUCAAACGCAAGCUAUCGUACAAAGGAUACUUCGAAUACCAAUUCGUAACUCCACGACACAUUAAGGCUGCUCUUGACUUUUUGAAAGAAAACAAUAAAUGGUACCAAGACGUUUCUAUUAACAGUAAUUGGACUGACAAUGACGAUCAUUGUUUGUUAAACGAUACUAUUGAAAUUAGUGAAAGCAAUCAAGAAAAGUCAGAAAUGGAGAAAAAUCAUGACCAAGAAGUCGCAACGGAUACAUGUUUACAACCUGUUGACAUAGCGCAAGAAGUCCUUGAUCAUUACUUUGACGAGGUCUAUAAUAUUGCACCAGGUGAAGGAAAAAAUCCUGUUAGAAUGUUACAAGACGAAGGAAAUGAAGCGAAGUCAUUCCCACAUUUAUUUCCAUCUGGCAGAUUCUCGUGGAAUGAGGAGAGAGAUGAAAGGAUCACACUUUCCAGAUAUUUCAACAACAGACUUAUGAAUACAGACAAUAGAUUCGCAAAGGAUACAAAUUACAUAUUUUUUGCGCAAUUUAUGUCAGAAUUGAAACAGGUGAUAGAGAAAACACAAAUCUCAAUUCGGAAGUCUUUGUCUAAAACUAACGAUGGAAAGAUGGUGACAUCACAUAUGCUACAAGACCCAGACGUGCUCUCAAAACUUCUCAGAAAUGACGAAGCUUUGCGAUUCAUGCAACCAAUAAGAGGAACACCUGCGUAUUGGUCUACAACACAGAAAAAUCUUUUUGCAAUGCUCCGACAAUUAGGGAUCCCUACUUGGUUUUGUUCGUUUUCGGCUGCUGAAUUCAGAUGGAAUGAAAUAGUCGGUUGCAUUUUGCAUCAUGAGGAUGACAAUAGAAAUCCUUCUGAAUUAGACUGGUCUGAAAAAAGUGAUAUUCUUAGAAGAAAUCCAGUCACUGUUGCCAGAAUGUUUGAACACAGAUUUCAUGUAUUCCAAAGAGAAGUCAUUAUGGCACCAGCCAAUCCUAUAGGUAAUGUUGUUGACUACUUUGUAAGAGUUGAAUUCCAACAAAGAGGUUCCCCACACAUGCAUUGCUUAUAUUGGGUUGAUGACGCACCAAAAUUUGGGAAGGAUAGUGACGAACGUGUAUGUGAAUUCAUUGACAAGUAUGUGACAUGUUCCCUACCAUCCGAAGAUGAUGAAAAAGAAUUAAGACAGUCUGUGUUAAGUGUACAACAACAUAGCAAAACUCACUCUAAAUCGUGUAGAAAAAAGGGAACAGAAUGCAGGUUCAACUUUCCAAGACCGCCAUCAGAAAGAACUUUUAUCGCUGAACGAUGUGAGGAAGAUCCAGAGAAUCUUCAAACGAACACGCAAAUGAAUACAUCACAAGCUAAGGAUACUUUACUGAAGGUUUGGAAUAAAGUUCUCGACAAUAACAGCGAAUUUCAGACAACAGAGGAGAUAUUCACAGAUUUAUCUCUGUCGCAAGAAGAGUACGAGAUCGCACAUAGAGCACUGACAUCAAGAACAACAACAAUUUUGAAGAGGGACCCAGAGGAAAUGUGGACAAAUCAAUACAACGAAUGUCUCCUCAAAUGCUGGGAUGCCAAUAUGGACAUUCAGUAUGUUCUUGACCCAUUUAGCUGCAUUGUGUACAUUAUUUCGUACAUCUCAAAAUCAGAACGGGAAAUGGGCAUGUUAUUAAAACAAACAAAGAUCGAGGCAACUGAAGGAAAUCUUAGUGCUAAACAAACUAUUAAGAAAAUAGGAUCGGCUUAUUUAAACCAUAGAGAAGUCAGUGCACAAGAGGCAGUGUACAGAGUAUGCAAUUUAAAAAUGAAAGAGUGCUCAAGGAAAGUAAUGUUUAUUCCUGUUGGGGAAAAUCCAACGCGUUUAAGCAAACCUCUUUCACAGUUGAAAAGAAAACGACGAUCACAGUCGGACGAAUGUGAAGGCGAUGAAGACGAGGAAGACAUUUGGAUGACGAAUAUUGUAGAAAGAUAUGAAAAUCGCCCACAGACUGACUAUUUCAUUCAGAUGUGCCUUGCAGAGUUCUGCUCCGAGUUCAGGGUACUUGCAAAAUCUCAAAUUCCACAGAUUGAAAAGGAAGGAGUAUACGAAUUGCGAAAUGGAAAAGGUGUUAUCCAGAAAAGAACAAGGGGUAAACCAGCUGUCAUAAGAUACCCAAGAUUCAAUGCUGAAAGUGCACCAGAGAAGUAUUUUCAAUCAAUACUUCAACUCUUUCUGCCCUAUAUUAAUCAAAAUCAACUAAAACCACCAGGUUUUGAUCUCUAUGAGUCAUUCUAUAACAAUGGGUUUGUCAGAGUAGGUGGCGAUUUGCAGGCAGUGAAGAAUGUAGUCAAUGAGCAUCGAAAUCAAUUUUCAAAAGACGAAGAAGCAAUUGAAAAUGCCGUAGAGAUAUUUGAAAUGAUCGGCGAGCCUGAAGAUGCAUGGGCAAGUCUUUGUCCCGAUACCGAAAUGAAGCGGGAAGAGUGUUUAAUUCAGAAAUCAAAAUUAGACACAGAAGACAAUACAAUGAAGGAAGUAACUGAAGAAGUUGAAGAAGAAUAUCCUUCAGAUUUUAUAUAUCAUAUCAGGGAAGCUUCGAAUUCAAGGCAAGAGAUUUUACCUUUACUGCAAAGCUUAAACGAUAAACAGAAAGAGGUCUUUUAUUCAGUACGCGAAUGGUGUCUGAAGAAAAUAUCACAAGGAAAACCAGAACCUUUUCAUAUUUUUAUUACGGGCGGAGCAGGAACAGGAAAAAGUCACUUGAUCAAAGCCAUUCAUUUCGAAGCCUCAAGACUUCUUGGAAAGACAUUGCCCACACCCAACGCCAUAUCAAUUCUGCUAACUGCUUUCACGGGAACGGCUGCCUUUAACAUUGGAGGAAGCACAAUACAUCAUGUUUUCUCACUGACAAAAGCGCUUCCCAUUCCAUAUGAGCCUUUGAAGGAGCAAACUUUAAAUGCAAUUAGGUCCAAAUUAGAAAACGUGCAAAUAUUGAUCAUAGAUGAAGUAUCCAUGGUCUUUAAACGUCUGAUGUAUUACAUACAUGAACGACUCGUCCAAAUUAAAAAAUGCAAGGAACCAUUUGGUGGUAUCUCUGUUAUUGCUGUAGGUGAUUUCUACCAACUUCCGCCUGUAAAACAACGAAAAGACGAAAGGUUGUAUAAGGUAAAUGACGCAUACCCUGUUGACUAUUGGUUAGAUUUCUUCAAAAUCAUUGAGCUAGACGAAAUAAUGCGUCAGAAGGAGGAUGUUGAAUUUGCUGCCGUUUUGAAUUCUUUGCGUGUUAGAACAAUUGAUGAACAAAUAUCGAACGAAGCUUUGACGUCACUAAGAGAUUGCAUCAGGGAAGGUCCAGAUGACGUGUUGCACGUUUAUUCUACAAACGAAGAGGUAAACGAUUUCAAUCUUGAAAAGUUGCAAACAUGCUGUGUAGAUUUGAUAGAGGUAGAUGCAGAGGAUUACCAAAAAGACAAGACAACAGGAAGGUUAAAAUUACGUGAGAAACCACUGGUCACAACCAAAACAGAUGGACUGUCAUCUUUACUGCUUUUAGCCGUUAAUGCAAGGGUUAUGCUUACAAGAAAUGUUAAUGUCGAAGAUGGACUUGUGAAUGGUGCAAUGGGUUACAUAUCGCAUUUUGAGUUUGCAAGAGAUCAUCAGAGAAAAAACAUUCAAGGAGUUGGAGUAAUAUUUGACAGUAAACAAAUCGGUAGACUACAUGGAACAACGACAUUAUACGGAAAUCAGAUCGUGAUUCAAAGAAUGCAGGAAGAAAUCAAGGAAAAGAAUACUAAAAAUGUAGUUCGACAGCAAUUUCCUCUGAAACUAUCUUGGGCAUGCACAGCACACAAAGUGCAAGGAAUGACAACAGAAAAGGUAGUGGUCAAUUUGGAUCGUACUUUUGCUGCUGGUCAGGCUUAUGUAGCUAUUAGUAGAGUAACCUCAAAGGAUGGGUUAUUUAUAGAGACAACAGAUGAGGAUAAACUUAAGAAGAAAAUCUACGCUGAUCCAGAUGUUAAAACAUCAUUGAGCAUCAUGGAAAAAUUUGUACCAAACGCAGUAGGUGACAUUGGACAAAUACAGACUGAGGAAUGCAAAACAAUUAUUCUUCUUAAUGUACAAAGUCUAAGGGCACAUAUACAGGACAUCAAAUCAGACAACAGACUCAGCAAAGCAGAUUUUAUAUGUUUAACAGAGACGUGGCUCAAAGAUCAGGAUGAUUUGUCAGAAUAUGAAAUUCCGGGCUUUAAUUUUUACAGCAUUUCAAGGGGAAUGUGUUAUGAUGAUUCAUCAAACACUUUUUGUAAAUUAAGCCAAGCCAGAGGCGGGGGAAUAGGUGUGUUUCAAAGAAAAGAGGAAAAUAUCAGAGUUCAUGAACUUCCCCUUAAGAAUAUUGAAGGAAUGACGUUAGAGCUUUGCAAAGAGAACAUCAUCAUAAUAGUGAUCUACCGACCAUGCAUCAUUAACGUCAGCUUUUUUCUAGAUGCUCUUCAGAAAGUUGUAAUAGUUUACCAAGAACGUGGAUUUCAGUGUGUUGUAAUUGGAGAUUUCAACGAAGAUGCCAGGACAAAUGGACCAAUUACGAGUUUUCUUCAGUCAAAGGGGUUUAAACAAAGAGUUGACUUUUCCACAACUGAAAGUGGGACUAUCCUAGAUCAUAUUUAUGUUACUGAAGGAUUGUCCGUUAAGGUUGUGAAAGUUCCUGUUUACUUCAGUUAUCACGAUGCUAUCAAGGUGUACUUCCAAAAUAUUCAGCGGUAG